CUCAGUGGAAUUCAGGCCAUGGAGGUGAGGAAUAGGAAAAAUCGAGUGCUGGAAGCCAAGGGGAGUAUCAAGGAGAUUCAGGAAUUUGGGGUGAUCCAGGAAGAUGUCAAGACCGCGUGUACAGAGAGGACUGGGGGAGGACAGAUCCCCCAAAAUGGGGUUCUUCCACAGCCCCAGGAGUUCUCCCCGAAGAGGAUCAUCGUAAGUCUCGAGUUUGACGUAGUGGCGCUUCUGCUGCUGCUCACAGGAAUCCUGACAAGGCUCUACCGUCUGGAAGACCCAAGGAGCAUUGUCUUCGACGAGCUCCACUACGGCAAGUACGUCGGCCUCUACAUGAAACGAACCUUCUUCUUCGAUUCGCACCCGCCCCUGGGUAAACAGCUGAUCGCAGCGGUUGCGUACCUCUCUGGUUUCGACGGUGACUUCAAGUUCGACCGAAUCGGCAGUCUCUAUGCGGAUUCAGUCCCUUUAUUCGCCCUGAGGAUUGUUCCAGCCCUCUUCGGUAGCUUCAUUCUACCCACAGUUUACCACCUAGCCCUGGAGCUGGGAAUGAGACCCUGGAGUGCAGCAAUCGCAGGUCUCAUGCUUCUUCUGGAUAAUGCCUUCCUCACACAAUCUCGAUUCAUCCUGAUGGAGAGCAUUCUCAUCGAAUUCUCCCUCUUCGGGCUCUUUUGUACUUUAAAAUUCCGAAAGAUCAUGGACGACCCCAGGAGGUUGUCCUGGUGGAUCUGGCUGACCCUCGCAAUCUCCUCGCUGACAUGCGCCCUCUGUGUGAAAUACGUUGGAGUGUAUUCUCUUAUUCUCGCCCUGGUGAUCAUUACUCAGGAUUAUUGGAGCCUCCUAGCAAGAAAAACCCUCUCAAACGCAGUGCUGUGGGGACAUCUCUUCGCCCGCCUCUUCAUCAUCACCCUGGCCUUCACGACAAUUUAUUUAGGAGUCUUCUACAUCCACCUGUCACUCCUCACGCGGGCAGGACCGCACGACGCAGUGAUGACGUCAGCCUUCCAGGCGAGUCUCGAGGGUGGCCUUGCUAGCAUUACGAAGGGACAGCCCUUGGAGGUGGCCCACGGCUCCCAGAUAACCCUGAGACAUACAUUUGGAAGGGCCUGCUGGCUCCACAGCCACAACGCAGUCUACCCUCUGAGAUAUCCCGAUGGUAGAGGCAGCUCUCACCAGCAGCAGGUCACCUGCUACUCCUUUAAGGACGUCAACAACUGGUGGAUCGUCAAAAGACCCGACGUAACCGAUCUAGUCGUCACAAGGCCCAUUGUUCCCCUGAAACACGGGGAUGUCGUCCAGCUGGUGCACGGCAUCACCUCCAGGGCACUCAAUUCUCACGAUGUCGCUGCACCGAUGACACCCCAGAGCCAGGAGAUCUCAUGCUACGUCGACUACAACGUCUCAAUGCCAGCCCAGAAUCUCUGGAAAAUUGAGAUUGUCAACAGGGAUCAGUCUGGAGACGUGUGGUACGCUAUCCAGAGUCAAGUGAGGCUCAUCCACGUGGGCACUGAGUACGCUCUCAAGUUCAGUGGGAGACAACUACCAGACUGGGGAUUUAAUCAGCACGAGGUGGUGGCUGAGAGAUUCGUCGAGCAGAAUGACGCUGUCUGGAAUGUCGAAGAGCACAGGUACACGAAGAGUGAAGACCAGAAGCAGAGGGAGAGAGAGCUGCUCAAUGCCGAGAUGAUUCCUCUCAAGGCCACAAAACUCAGCUUCUGGCAAAAAUUCAUCGAGCUCCAGGUAAAAAUGUUGUUUGGGGGACAGGAGAAUCAGAAUAGUCAUAUGUACGCCAGUGGACCGACUGAGUGGCCCCUCAUGACCAGGGGAAUUGCAUACUGGGUCGCCACUGACAGCAAUGCUCAGGUACAUCUCCUGGGGAAUGUCGUUGUAUGGUAUUCAGGGACAGCUGCUGUUAUUCUUUAUGUUGGGAUACUCAUGGGGUACCUCACGAGACGACGGAGACGUUGCUUUGACAUCGGCGAUGACGAGUGGAGGAGAUUCAUUAAUCUCGGGCAGGUACUACUCGCUGGAUACGCUCUUCAUUAUCUUCCUUUCUUCUUCGUGGAGAGGACUCUCUUCCUUCAUCAUUAUCUACAUGCCUUUGUGUUCAAGGCUUUGCUCACUGCUGGGCUCAUCGAUCAUGGGUACUUCGUGGUCAGGGGAAAUUGUCGAGGUGUUGUACUCUCGGUGAUGAGACUGAUUAUUGUUAUUUGGGUUGGGUGGAUCGUCUAUGUUUUCAGGAAGUUCUCGGUUUUGAGUUAUGGAAUGAGUCCUCUCAGUGCUAAAGACGUCAUGAGACUCAGGUGGAGUGACACCUGGGAUUUCAUCGUUCAUAAAACGUGAAAUUAUUUUUCGGGGAGGCAAGUGCUUCGAAUUUUUUUACAUCGAUAUCUGAGCCUUCGAUCAUAUUGAUGUUAAUAAGUUUAAUUGGCACAGUGCAGACUCAUUAAUCAUUGCUCGUCCACUGACGUCGAGUAUUCGAUGGGUUUUUAGGAUUACAGAAAAACGCAAGUGAUUUUUCACUUCGUAUUCGAGUGAUAUUCGAUAUAUUCGAUAUAUUCGAUAAUCAAAUCGCACACUGUUGUUAGCACUGGACAAUUUAGAUUUAUCUAUGUAUUUUUUAAUAAUUCUUUUUACAAGACCAACUCUCACAUUAUAAUAUACAUUGUACUAAUUAUCGCAUAGAAUUCAGCUUCAGGCAAAUUGCCACAGUAAUUUUUCAUCUCUCCAUUUGUGCAUGGACAUUUUUUUAUUUAAUUCCUGUAUUAGAGUUUACGAGAUUGUUUGUCUUUUGUUGAUUUACAUGUGCACAAUUUUUUAUUCUGCAGACCAGUUGAAUCAAGUUUUUAUGGGUAUUUUUUAUCGAUAUAAAUAUGUAAGAACAUUGCCAGUUAAUUCCAUGGAAGGUCAAGGUGAGAAAUGGAAAUAUGUCGUUGUAUUUUUGGAAAUUUACAGAGCUGUUAUGUCGCAGAUAUAUUUUUUAGAAUGAUGUGGAAGAUUUUAUCGUGAGAAUAAAUGAUAUUACUGUGAGUCUA